UGGAUCGUUGCACCGGUUCGGUCUAGGAGUUGGAGAUGAGAUGACGGUCAAAAGUCAUCGACUGGGUUGACCACCCAACCCGACCUCGUAAAUUGCGGGUAAAAAUCCUUUUGCUUGCUUAGAUUUUCAGCCGAUCGAGGGGGUUCUAAGCUUGCUUUCCGAUUUCUCACGAAGAAGGCAGGGCGGCGGCGGCGGCGGCAGCAGCAGCAGGACAAAAGUUCCUCGGCGGCCUAGCGUAGGUUGCAGGGGUUUGCUCUCUAAUGGCGGAGGGAUCGAGGCAAUCUCGCUACGUGAAGCUGACCAAGGACCAGGCGCCUGUGGAUGACAUAAAGCCUGGUGAGCUCAACCAGCCCAUCGAGGUUCCUCAGUUGGAUGUUCGGAAGUGCCAUGAGUGUGGACAGCCUCUCCCAGAGAGUUUCGAACCACCUGCUGAUGAGAAUUGGACGACUGGAAUAUUUGGCUGUUCUGAAGAUAGAGAGAGCUGUUGGACGGGACUGUUUUGCCCGUGUGUUCUAUUCGGUCGGAAUGUUGAGAGCUUGAGAGAAGAUACUCCUUGGACAACACCGUGCAUUUGUCAUGCUGCUUGUGUGGAAGGCGGUAUUGCAUUGGCGGCAGCUACAGCAUUCUUUCAUGGAAUUGACCCUCACACCUCAUUCCUCAUAUGCGAAGGUCUAUUAUUUGCUUGGUGGAUGUGCGGAAUUUACACGGGUCUUGUACGACAGUCCCUUCAGAAGAAAUAUCAUCUAAAGAAUUCACCAUGCGAUCCAUGCUUGGUUCAUUGUUGCAUGCACUGGUGCGCCUUGUGCCAAGAGCACAGGGAGAUGAAGAGUCGUCUCUCGGACAAUGUGGUCCUGCCGAUGACUAUAGUGAACCCUCCCCCUGUUCAAGAGAUGAACUCAGAACGAGAUCCACAGCCUCCUGCCCCAGCUCCUGCUUCCACUGAUAACAGCAGCGGGGAGCACACCAAGUUAGAGAUGCAGGCUUUGUAGGAAGGAAGUACUCAGCACCGAAGCCGUGGUGGGGGUUGCAAACUACAGAAAGUGACGGAGUGAUUUCUCUUCGGAAAUUCAAAUACAGAUGCUUGUAAAACUUCAUUUCUCUGUUUCUUUUUGGUUUUGGUGAUUGAUAGUAUGAGUGGGAUACAUUCUAUGUUUAUGAUUUCACAUUGGAACAAUUUAUAGAGCAGACUUGGCCACAGUAGUUGUUUCAUCAUGAGAAA